AUGGGCAAAUCAAGAGUUGCACCUCUUAAAACAGUCACGGUACCCAGAUUGGAACUAACCGCUGCAACAUUGGCCGUGAAGCUGAAUAAACAAAUUUGUGAUGAGUUGGAUCUGUCAAUAAGUCAAAUUGUUUUCUGGAGCGAUUCAAUGAUAGUGCUGCGUUACAUUAAGAGCGAGAACAAAAGGUUUCAAACCUUUGUAGCGAAUCGAUUACAAGUUAUUCACGAUGCUUCUACCCGAAUCAAUGGAGACAUGUGCCAACCAAGCUCAACCCAGCCGACCUUGCAUCAAGAGCUAGAUGACAUACCAGACGUAGAAGACACAGAUGUGGAAGUAAAGAAACCUAAAGCAAGAGUUGGUGCCGUCAUCAACUCAAAGGAUGCACCCCCUGAUUCGCUAAUACAACUUAUCCAUCGAACAUCCGAAUGGUACAGAUUGCAGAAGUCGGUUGCAUGGCUGCUAAGAUUCAAACAGUACAUCUUAAGCCGUUAUCCAAACGGUCCAGGAUUAGAAGUACAACGUGGUCCUCUAAAGGUAAAAGAGAUUGAAUCGGCAACCCAGGAAAUAAUUAAACUUACCCAACGAAGUUCAUCUAUCAACGAGAAAACUAUGAGAGAGAGAUACGCCAAACUAUGUCCAGUCAUCGCCGGAGGAAUUGUGAGAGUUGGUGGACGUUUGGAUAAAUCAUCGCUGCCGGAAGAAUCUAAACAUCCCGCAAUUCUUGAUUCCAGUCAUCACGUUACAAAGCUCAUUGUCCGGUAUUACCAUGCAAAGGAAGGUCACGCUGGAACCAGUCAAACUCUAGCAGCAAUACGGCAACGCUUCUGGAUAAUAAAGGGACCUAGCACUGUGAAGAGUAUAGUCAAUAAUUGUGUUCCGUGUCGUCGCCGAAACCAGUCUCCAGGGAAGCAGAUAAUGGCCCCACUGCCAAAGCUCGUGUGA